AUGGCAACGUACGGUGAUACAUUAAAUCAAACAUUUCCUAGAUUAUCAUCAAAUGGAGAUGAUGAAUUACAUCGUACGUUUCAUACUCCAUUAUGUAACACCAAAUCAACUGGUUUUAAUUUUGAACAACAGUUUUUGUUUGAUAAUGCAUUCCAUUCAAUAACAUAUCAACCAACAACUGUAUCAUGUCAACAAAUAACAACUGAACAUCUUGAUCGUUUAUGUUAUUCUCCUAAACCAGUAUUUUCUCCUCGUUUUACAUCUCAACAACAACAACAACAACAACAACAACAGCCGCAAAUAUCAUCAUUACCUAUAAAUCGUUUAAAUCCAUUUCGAGCAUUUCUUAUUGUUAAUCGUUUAACAUCAGCAAUCAUAAGUGUUAAUCGACAAGCUUGUGAAUAUUUUUGGUACACAGAAAAUGAACUUAAAACUAAAACAAUUGAUAAUUUAAUUCUUGAUGAAAAAUCUUCAUCUGUUAUAACAGAUUCAUUUUUAAGUCAACAAAGUGGACAAACAAAAAUUCUUGCUGGAAAAAUUGUUUAUGUUCUACUUGGUACUGGUGAACGUGCUCGUUUUUCAUUAUUCAUACAAGAUCUUGAUGGCGAUGAAAUGCCAUUACGUUUUUAUGCAUUUGAACCUAUACAUAUAAUGCAAGCAAAAAUAAUUUGUGAUAAACAAGGUUUAAUUCUUUCAUCGGAUCAUAAUUUUUCUAUAUUAUUUCAUAAUACAAUGAUGGAUAAUAAUCAUUUAAAUGAAAAUCAUCAUAUUGGAGAUUUUAUUCCAACAUUAAAAGAUCAAUUAAAAUUUAAACAAUUAUUAACACAUCGAACAUAUCGAACAACUGGUUUAUUAAACCAUGAAAAAAAUUUAUUUAUUCCAUUAAUGAUAACUAUAUCGCCAAAUAAUGAAGAUGAUAUUCAAUUAACGUUAUCAAUUAUGUCAAAUAUUAGUGGAUUAAUCAUGUUAGAUGAAACAUAUACUAUUCGUGCAUAUAAUCCUUAUUUUAUUCAAUGUUUACUCGGAUAUCGUUCACUUGAUUUAAUUAAUCAUCAUAUAACUGAAAUACUACCAGAAUUCAAUGAAUUAAAUGGUACACAAUCAAAUAAUCUUUCUAUCAGUACAAAUAAUGAUCAUGAAGAUCAAAAUCUUUCAUGUCAAUCAUUAGCUGGUGAUGAUGAAUUAAGUAAAAGUGAUGGUUCAUCAAAUACACUUAAUGAUUCAUCGAUUGAAACAACACCACAAUCAUCUCGAGUAUUUCAUUCAAUAGAAAAUAAAAUUCUUAAUGAAAAAUCACAAACAAAUAUAUUACCUAUUGAUAAACGAUUAACAACUGGUGGAUUAUCAUCAUUCAAAACUACAUCAACACCAGUAACAAAAUCAACAAUAAAAUCCGAUAUUAAAAUCGAUACGGAUGAACAAACAGCUUUUCUACAAACAAUAGGUAAACAUAAAAAUGGAACAUUUAUUGGUGUUAUUUAUACAUUACGUCGUAUUGAUUUAUCUGAUGGAACAUAUCGUUAUUGUAUGUGGUUAUCACGUGACAAUACUGAUCCACAUUUAAUUGAAAUGCAAAAAAUGCUUGAUCAUAAUCAAUCAAUAAUACCAAUAGAUGAUCUAUCAACAUCAUGUUUAAAUAUAUCAUCAUUAUUACAUGAUAAUCAAACAUUUGAUACAAAAUAUAUUAUUACUCGACAACGUGGUCGUGGUGGUUAUGGACAAGUUUAUCUUGGUCAUGAAAAAUCGAAUGAAUCAAAUAAAGUUGUUAUUAAAUUUAUUAAAAAAACUAAAGUUAAAAUUCAUCGAUAUGUUGAAAGUUUUGAACCAAAAAAACGAAUUUUAUUUGAAAUUGCUGUACUUAAACAAUUAAAACAUCCAAAUAUUGUUGAAAUUUUAGAUGCAUUCGAUACAGAUAAUUAUGUUCAAAUGGUAAUGCCAUUACAUGGUCACGGCAUUGAUUUAUAUGAAUUUAUUGAAAAAGGUGCCAAAAUUGAUGAACAAUUGGCAAGUUAUAUUUUCCGACAGGUAGUCGAUGCAGUGAGUUAUUUACAUAGUAAUCAUAUUGCUCAUCAAGAUAUUAAAGAUGAAAAUUUAAUAAUUAAUGAACAAUUUCAUAUAAAACUCAUUGAUUUCGGUUCAGCGAUAUCUAUAACUCAACCAGAUAUGUAUACAAGUAAUUUUGGUGGUACAACUGAAUUUUGUUGUCCAGAUUUUUUGCAAACUGGAAGUUGUCAACCAUUUCUUGCUGAUAUUUGGGCUAUGAUGGUAACAUUAUAUGUAAUAAUAUUUCGUCGAUAUCCAUUUUUAAAUCCUGAUGAAAUAAAACGAUGUCAAUUAGAUUUAAAAUUUUUACAAUCACGUAUAUCAGAAGAAUUGUAUGAUUUAUUUACAUCUACACUUAUUCGUCAACCAUAUCAUCGUUUAACAAUGCAUGAAAUUGAAAAACAUGAUUGGGUUCAACAACCAUUUCAUAUAGAAUUAUAUUCAUGGAAUAUUGUUACACAAAAUUCAUUAGAAGAAACAUUUUUAACUGGUAAUCAUUUACCAAGUGGUGAAGAUGAUAAUAAUAAUGAUCAUUCAUUUGCUAGUUUAACACGUCAAAUACAAAAUCAAUUUCAUUUAUUUGAGAAAAAUAAAAAAGAUAUUAAGUCAGAUAAGAAUGAUCUUGUUGCUUAUUUAAAUUUGACAGCUGGUAGUUUCUUUGGUGGUACGAAUAAUUCCGUUCAUAUGUGGAAUUCUCAAUUAGUCAUUUAUAUUUUUAUAUUGAACUGUUGUUUAUAUUUUACUGUUCAUUCACACGAAAAAAUUCUUAUUCAUGAUCGUACCAAUUCAACAAAUGAGAAAGUUUUCAUGUCAUCAAAAGAUUCAUUACCUAUAUGGACAAAUAAACAAUUUAUAAUAUGUUUUGUUAGUGUUUCACUUGGUACUCUUUUGUUUUUUAUCACAUUUAUUGUACCCGCUAUGAUUAUUAUACGUCGAGCCAGACGAGAUAAAAAUCGAUUAGAUUUAAGAGAAUUCAGACGUAUGAGUGAUUUUAUAUAA